AUGCAUGCCAAGACCUUAGACCAGGGCUGGAGGCCCAGGACGAAUGACCAGUCCAGCGGGAAGCAAUUAAUAUGCUGCGGUAUCAUGGUCAACGUCGAGCAACUACCAGCACCGGUCGUGACGGUCCUUCGCUUCGUUUUCCAACUUUCUAUCCCCCCUAAUCUUCCUACCCAAUUCAAUUCCACUCGACGCGCCGCAACAUUCCACGCCUCAACCCUCGGUUCGUCCCUCAACGACAACCCAUCUUCAUCGUCCUCUUCGCCGCCUCACUUCUCGACGCAGCACUGCAAAUGCCCUCCUCGUGAAAAGCUACAGCUGGCUUUCUCGCCCAUCCGACGCCUGACAUUGAUACAUGCGAAUUGCUUGCAUCCUCUUCCGGCUACCCCACAUGCCGUCGUACUGCCCUCGCCCCUGAACAUCACAACUUCUCACGACCAACGACUGUCGACUGUUCAUCCAUCGACGCACUCCAGCGACGGGGCUAAUUACUGA